CCCUUAAAGCAGUGGCCUCAGCCAGCACAGCUCAGCGCAGGGCGACGGUGCUCAGGCUUCAUCCUGCACUCCGCUCUUUACCUGUGCACCUGCGCCCGCGGGGUCAUGGCGCCUCCUCACCUCACCGUGCUCCUCCUGCUGCUCCUACCUGUGGUGCAGUGCACCCUCCUGGCACCUCUCAAUGUCACCAUUGUAUCCUUCAACCUCGAGCACAUUCUGCACUGGCUCCCAGCACCAGGGACGCCCGGCACAGCGCACUUCAGAGUGCACUUCUUGCACCUGAGUGAAGUGUCAUGGAAGCCUGUCCCCUGGUGUUUGAAAGUGGACACAGAGACCUUGUCAUGUGAUGUGACGGACUCCUUCGUGGACUCCACCAGCUUCUACUUGGCCCGUGUGCAGGCCUUCGGCUCGGCUCGGAGAUCCAACUGGACCCUCUCCGCCCAUUUCAACCCCAUACUGGACACUGUCCUGGGACCGCCCCAGGUGUCGGUUUCAGGUUGCGGGAGCUGCCUGCGCCUGCAGAUCGCACCCCCCACAGGCAGGGGACCGCAGCACCUUCUGUCUCGCCACCUGCUCUCCGAGUUCACUUGCUGGGUGCGCAGGAGUGGGGACCACACCCAGUUCAGCCUGAGGGUUUUCUCGGAGGAGUUUCUGGUGGAGCACCUGGAGCCAGGCGUGGAGUACUGCGUCACCGCCGUCGUGACGGUGAACUUCAACACCCGUGCCGAGCCGUCUGAGCCACAGUGUGCCUACACUAGCCCCCCACCCAUCGACACAGCCACUAUCCUGCUGAUUGCAUUGUGUGUGGCCUGCCUCCUGGGGGUGCUGUUCUGUGGCUUCUUCCUCUCCAGCAGGAGUGCACUCUCUCUCCCAAAAACUCUGCCUCAGAUACUGCUGUCCAUACCGUCCUUAGUACAGAACCCUCGAACGGCUGCCCCAGAGCACUUCUCCCUGGUCACCAUCCUCCCGCUAGAGCCCAAAAACUGCCCCUCUGCCUGGGCCAAACUGGGCCCCAAUGCAGAUCAGGAGGAAGAGGAGGAGGAGGAUGAUGAUGAUGAUAAUGAUGAAAAGGAAAGUUAUGGACAUAUGGUCUGGGAGGCCAGCUCAGAGCCCUGCAAUGAUGGCCUGUUGGAUCCACAGUGCUCUCAAUUGGAGAAGUGACUCACCUGUUAUUGCUGUUGUGAUUUUCCCUUUCCCUCUGUGUGCUUUUCACUUUCCUUUUCAAAUAAGACAUUCUCUUGGUCAGCUAUGCACGUUUUUUUUCCAUUUAAAAAAUCUUAAACUGCUGCAUUGUUUUUUUUCAGUAUGCUAUACAGCAGCGCUGUAAAUACAAUAUUUGAUAUUUGUUGUAACAGCCGAUUUGACUUCGGUUGUUAAAACAGUGUGUGGUACAAUGAAAAACUGAAAAUACAUUUUUUUUAUUUACA